AUGCCCCGCCACAUGUCGCGGUCACGGUCACGGUCACGGUCACGGUCAAGGCCAAGGCCGUCCAGGACGGCAGACAUGGGCAACGACGACAGACUGUCGUCAGCGCCGCGGAGCCCACCGCCCCAGACAUCGGCCACUACCAGCGUGACGCCCGACAGCGUAGAGUCGCCCGGCCUCGACCUCCAAGAACUGGAGCCGAUCCCCAUGACUCCCAGCCCGCGAUGGAACGUCGGGGCCCGCCGCCACAGCAGCAGCGCCGCCAUCGCAGGGCCGUCCACCGUCUCUCACACCUCGCCGCCUGCAAUAGCUCCCCACCGCCACGUCUUUGGCCCCGCGGCCGAGGCAUACGGCGGUGGAGGCUCACAAUACGUCGACGGGCGAUAUAACUCGCCCCCAUCGCAGACGAUAUCGCCCACCAACGUGCAGGGGCACGGGUACGAGCAGAGCGCCGGGCGGAAAAGCGCUCACCAUGUCGUGUUCCUAGCGCAGGACAGCCCACGCGCGGGGCCGGUUCCAGAGAAGAAGCUCGACAAAGCGGCGCGCGAAAUCAAGACCAGGCCGAGACAAGCCAGGGAACCGAAGCUGAAAGGGGAGCUUUCUUGCAUGUUCUGCAUGGCCGGGACCUGGGCGCUUGUUUUCUUGCUCUUUUGUUUAUUCUACAUGUGAGCCCUCACCCCGUUGCUCUUUGGUUUGCCUGUGAAUCAUAAUGACCAAAUGUGGUGCAGUUCCGGGGCUUGCGUGGGCUAGUGGAGCACGAUCGACCAGCCAAUCUGGAACAUGAGCCACCCGUGCUGGGGGCGUCAGGGUAGAUGAUGGGGGUAUCCGUACGGGUCGAGGAUGAAGUCAGUUGCGGGAGGCGGUGGGCUUUGGUAGGGGUAGGAGUUUAGGGGGGAUCAUGUAGCCCAAUACCAACAGAUCAGGCUGGAAGCCCACGUCUGAGCUUGUAACAGAACAGCAGCUUGAACACGGCAGGCGAUGGAGGGAGGAGAGAAACAGAGAUUUAAAUGUACUGUAGCCUGUGGCCCAGAAUACCUCGUCUAGCUUCCGGUAGUAUCAACCUAAAAUCCAC